UAUCCCUAAUCAUCACCACACAACUUCCGGAUAACACAGUGACGCAAUCAUCUGAAACUAAAAGUGGAAUUUAACUUGGCAACUUGAGUAAAUAGGUGGCGUUCUACAUAGCUAGGUAGAUAACUCUACCCACGACACAGAGGAUUUGUUUGAUGAAAGCAAGGAGGCAAGGGGGUCGGCUACUUACGUCACCUCACUCUACAUCCUGAGAAAAUGGCUAGCGCUGCCCCUCCACCAGCGACUGCCACUGAGAACCCCAGCCCCGGCUCCAGCAGCUCGACAGCGGGGGAGGGUGGUAACCAGGACAGCACAUUCGAAUGCAACAUCUGCCUGGACACCUCCAAGGAUGCAGUGAUCAGUCUGUGUGGGCAUCUCUUUUGUUGGCCCUGCUUACAUCAGUGGUUGGAGACCAGACCUAACAGACAAGUGUGUCCAGUGUGCAAAGCAGGCAUCAGUCGAGAGAAAGUCAUCCCACUAUAUGGCAGGGGAAGCACGGGCCAACAGGACCCAAGGGAGCGAACGCCUCCUCGACCACAAGGACAGAGGCCAGAGCCUGAAAAUCGUGGUGGAUUUCAGGGUUUUGGUUUUGGAGAUGGAGGAUUCCAGAUGUCUUUUGGCAUUGGUGCCUUUCCAUUUGGCAUUUUUGCUACAGCUUUUAACAUCAAUGAUGGAAGACCACCCCCAGCUGCCCCUGGAACCCCUCAGCACAUGGAUGAACAGUUCCUGUCUCGACUCUUUCUAUUUGUUGCUCUGGUGAUCAUGUUUUGGCUGCUAAUCGCAUAAAUGUCUGAGCAGCCAAGACCAAGGCUCAAGUUGGACAGUUGUUUCCAGAUACUUGUUUGAUUUGUCCUUUUCCGCAUUUAAGUAUUGUCCUCUAGGCUUGACAAGCUAUUGAUUUAAUUUCAGUAAUCAAUAUCACUACUGUUUGAUUACACCUGUACUAUGAAUCCUACAGAAGUCUGAAAUAGUUUUUUUGUUCGAACAAUGCCCCUCCCUCUCAUUUCCAUCAAGGUUAUUAUGUUUUUAUUAGACAUUAAGUGUACCAGGUUGGCAAUAUAGAACCAGAUACUAAAAGAAAGAUGGUAAAUGUAAGCUACCAGAUGUUUCCUCUGUGCUUGUAUGGAUAUAGAUUACAAGUGAUAUGUCCUGUUUCUAAACUAAAUAUGAUAUAUAAAUUCAGGAAGAGGCGUAUCAUUGGUGAUACUUUUAAAUUAUUGACACAACAAUUGCCUUUUGGGUACCACUACCAGUAUGAAGCCAUAUAAACAAUACAGUGGUGCAUUUUUAUGUGUGGUGUUAGCAGGGGAAUAGUCGUGAAGAGCCGUAUUGGUAUGGGUUUAAGUUAUUUAAUGACAUACUAUACCAGUAUGUCCUCAGUUGCCCUAGGAGUGAUUUUGGUAAGACUAUUUCUUAUGUUUCAGAAAAUAAGUGAAUAAAUUAAGGUUCCAAUAUUUGAAGGAUGAAAGUUGA